AUGGAUCGUGCUGCGCAAGAGUUGGCUAUGAAAAUGGCCAGUAUGAGAACAGAUCUUGGAACAUUCUUUUCAACUAUGAGAAAAAAAGAAAAUAUAUUCAAGGAUUGGAAACCCCCUACCGCAGCUAAAGAAGAGGUUAAACGCAAUGACUCGCUAUCCGGGAUUCCUCCCCGCAAAAAAAGCUCACUCAAGGAUGUACAACAAGAUUCUGGUGGCUCUUUAGAGCUACCAGCUCAUCUGGCCAGUCAACCUGCGGACAACGACAAUGUAUCCCUAAUUACGUUUGUCUUUUUGCAAAAUUUAAUUUUUCGCAGAGCACCCGAUGAUCCAAAACUUACUGCACCAGCAUGGGCCGAUUUUGAAACGGCUGCUCCAGAGCUCCCACCUAGUGAGAGUGGAUUUUUCAGCAACAAGGUAAUGUCAAUCGUUUUUCACCUUUUUUUUAUAACAAAGUCUUGUUGAUU